CCCAUCUUCUAAACGACACCGUUUUCUGCCAUUGUUCACCAAAUUUGAUGAGCGUCGUUUAGUUACAACUAUGCAAAAUCCAAAACCUCUCUUCCUCCUCUUUGAUUCCUCCAUUGUCCAUUCCUCGUUCGGCUAAACCCUCUCAUGAGACCUCGCCUGUGGCGUAUCGAGACCGUCUUGAGUUUUGAGUAUUGUGUAUGUAAUCUUCCAGGAUCUAUAUUUUGUCGGACUUUUCGUUCAUCUUCAAGGAUUGCCCACAAGCUGUUCGAUGAAAGUCUCAAACGAAAUGUUACUGUUUCCGUCAACCAUUCCAUGGUCGAAUCCUUGCGGUGUAACCUUCCGAGACAUGCCCUUGGAAUCUUCAAGCAAAAUCUGCAACUGGGUGUGCUCGGUAACGUGGACGAGGUUACUAUCUCUCAGGGGCUUAAGGCUUGUCGUGGAGACACGAAACUGGGUUGUCAAAUUCAUGGGUUUGCUGUUACGUCUGGGUUAACUUCCUCUGUCAGUGUUUCUAAUGCUGCAAUGGCAAUGUAUCGUGAUGCAGGAGACUUUGGCAAAGCUUUGUGUAUAUUUGAGAAUCUGGUUGACCCGGAUGUUGUUUCUUGGAAUACUAUACUCUCUGGAUUUGAAGACAAUGAAGUUGCUUUAGAUUUUAUUGUUAGGAUGAAAUCCGCUGGAGUUGUUUUCGAUGCAUUUUCAUAUACCACAGCUCUUCCAUUCUGUGUGGACUAUGAAGGGUUUCAUUUAGGUUUGCAGUUGCAUUCUUCGGUUGUGAAAUCCGGUCUGGAGUCUGAUGUUUUCGUGGGGAAUGCUCUUAUAACGAUGUACUCAAGGUGGGGGAGUUUCGUGGAAGCUUGGAUGGUUUUCAAUGAAAUGCCGAAUAAGGAUUCGGUUACGUGGAAUUCAUUGUUAUCAGGACUCGCACAAGGAAAUUCUGGGUUCGAAGCAAUGUAUGUCUUCCGUGAAAUGAUGCGAGAAGGGAUGGCGCUCGAUCAUGUAUCAUUUACAAGUGCUUUGUCAGCUUGUUGUCAUGACACAGAUCUGGAGCUAGCCAGGCAAAUACAUGGUUUGUCCAUAAAAGGAGGUCAUGUCAGACAUGUUUCCAUUGGAAAUACUUUGAUGUCGAUAUACACGAAAUGUGGAGUUGUCGAAGCUGCGAAAAUGGUAUUCGACCGAAUGAGUGAACGCAAUGUUAUAACUUGGACAAUGAUGAUCUCUACGCAUAUGGGAAAUGCUGUUUCCAUUUUUCGUAAGAUGUGUUUAGACGGAGUUUACCCAAACGAUGUCACGUUGCUUGCAUUGAUCCAUGCAAUCACGUGUGGAAAACUCUUCGAGGAACGGUUAAAAAUUCAUGGGUUUUGCGUCAAAGCCGGAUUUACUUCGAAAAUGAACGUCUGUAACAGUUUGAUCACAAUGUAUUCCAUGUUUGGGGAAAUGCCAGACGCAAAGCAGGUUUUUGACGAGUUAAAUCACCGCGAAACUAUUUCUUGGAACGCCUUGAUAUCUGGGUAUGCUCAUAACGGGUUCUCACAAGAAGCUCUCGAGGUAUUCUUGUCGGCAUUAGCAGAGGCAGAGCCGAAUGAGUACACUUUCGGAAGUGUAUUGAAAGCAAUAGCUUCUGCUGAGGAUAUAUCUCUAAAGCAGGGGCAGCGUUGCCAUUCUUAUAUAGUGAAAACGGGCUUAAAUACUUGUCCCGUUGUGUCUAGUGCUCUUCUUGAUAUGUAUGCCAAGCGGGGGAGCAUCUACGAAUCCGAGAAAGUGUUCAACGAGAUGCCCGAAAGAAACCAGUUCGCUUGGACAUCGAUUAUAUCGGCCUAUUCAAGUCAUGGAGAUUUUGAUUCGGUAAUGAACUUGUUCGGAGAGAUGACCAGAGCAGAUGUAGAACCGGAUCAGAUAACGUUUCUGUCCGUCUUAACGGCAUGCAGCAGGAAAGGAAUGGUAGAUAUAGGCUACGAGAUUUUCAACUCGAUGACCAGAGAAUACAAUCUCGAGCCAUCUCACGAGCAAUACUCGUGUAUGGUCGACAUGCUUGGGCGAGCCGGGAGGCUGAAGGAAGCAGAAGAGCUGAUGGGUCGGGUUCCAGGUGGGCCAGGACUGUCCAUGUUGCAGAGCAUGCUAGGGUCUUGUAAGAUACACGGGGACGUGGAAAUAGGCGAGCGGGUAGCCGAGAUUCUGAUGGAGAUGGAACCCGAGGUCUCGGGAUCGUAUGUUCUGAUGUCUAAUCUCUAUGCGGAGAAGGGACAGUGGGAGAAAGUGGCGAAGAUCCGGAGAGGAAUGAGGGAGAAAGGUGUGAGGAAAGAGGUCGGGUUCAGCUGGGUCGAUGUCGUUGAUGAUGAUGGGUCACUGGCGUUACAUGGUUUUUCGUCUGGGGACGCGUCUCACUCGAGGUACCGGGAUAUAUCUUGUGUGGUGGAGAAUCUCGGGUUGGAAAUGAGGUGGGAGAGGGCAGAAGAUGGAGAAGACGAGAAUCGUCUGAGUAGGGCUAUGUCUGGAGUUUGAUUCAGACAUUGGAACCCGACUUAUAGCUUGUGGUUUCACCAUGUACAUUACAUUCUUUCUCCCUCCAUCAGAGUAAAAGCUUGAUUAGCUCUAAUGGCGGAACCAAGAACGGAACUAAUGUGAUUCUGUCCUCGUUGAACCGGUUU